UCAGUUCUAUCCUCUCCUGAAGCAUAAUAGUCCAUACCCAAGAUGGCGGCAGGUGAGAGAAAAGAGCGCGAGAAGCGAGCGUCCGGACGUGAAGCGCGGAAAACUGACGACAGCGCACCUCCAGUCGACUGGAACGUGGAUCUGGAGAUCAACCUGUUCCAGGCGAUGAGAGGACACAAGCCUGUUGGUGUGAACAGACACUUCCAGAUGGCGUGUAUCCAUGAAAAACUGAAUCAGAUGGUGAACAAACACAUCAGUGCACAGCAGAUCUGGGUUCAUCUGGAUGACAUGUAUGACAUGCCUGCACUGCAUGACUCAGAAAUCCUGCCUUUCCCAAACAGCCAGAUCGAGUUCAUUCUUCCCGAGGAGAUCAGGCAUCCUGAUGAUUCGUUCGACACAGCUUCUCUCAAGGACUCAGAAAUGGGUGGUGCCAAGUCCAGCCGUGGAGCCGGGACAGGAACCACCAACACACCUGACAGCUCGCCCAAGCGGAAAAGGACGCGGCAGCUAGCGUCAUCCAGCCCCUCAAGUCCUGCCAACCCACCCAGUUCCACAAAAAGAAGGAGAUUGCAGAAUGUGUAGCCC